AUGAGGGAAUACAAGGUAGUGGUGUUAGGCAGUGGAGGGGUUGGCAAAUCUGCCCUGACCGUGCAGUUUGUCACCGGGACUUUCAUUGAGAAAUAUGACCCCACCAUUGAAGACUUCUACCGCAAAGAGAUCGAAGUGGACUCUUCCCCCUCGGUGCUGGAAAUUCUGGACACCGCAGGAACUGAGCAGUUUGCCUCCAUGAGAGAUCUCUACAUCAAGAACGGCCAGGGAUUCAUCCUGGUUUAUAGUCUGGUCAAUCAGCAGUCCUUUCAGGAUAUCAAGCCAAUGAGAGAUCAGAUUGUCAGAGUGAAGAGAUAUGAAAAAGUCCCACUAAUCCUAGUAGGAAAUAAAGUGGAUCUGGAACCAGAAAGAGAGGUUAUGUCUUCAGAAGGCAGGGCUCUGGCGCAAGAAUGGGGCUGUCCUUUCAUGGAGACAUCUGCAAAAAGUAAAUCGAUGGUAGAUGAACUUUUUGCCGAGAUCGUCAGGCAAAUGAACUAUUCAUCCCUGCCCGAGAAGCAAGACCAGUGUUGUACAACUUGUGUUGUCCAGUAA